GCUGGACUCCUUCUACCGAGAUAGCAUUUUGAAGAAGAAGGGUGUAGUGACACCAGCGUUGGGUUAAAGAAUUCCAAUCACUAUGUCUCUUAGUGAAACCAACAAGGGCUACGUCCCAAGAAUAUCUCAGUUGGACUCCAUUAUUCUGAACGAAGAAGCAUACUCACUCCUUAAGAGUCAGUUAUUGGCAGCAGUCAAGUAUGUUGGUCAGAGCUCCCUUACCAGAUUCGAGCCCGAGAUAGAUGCAGGACUCCGGUACAUCCUCCUAAAGUGUACCAUUCAGAAGGCAAGGAGUUCGAUUGGACAGCAGCUUCUGCAAAUCAAAUAUGAUGAUUUGGUUUCUAACAAAAGACUCCGAAAUUACGUCCUCCUACUGGUACUUGGAAGAUGGUUGAAGCAAAGAGCCGGCAAUGUAGCUACAGUAGUUUUUAGAAAUGAAAAUGCAGGACUAUUUACUAGCCAGUGUAUUAAUGUAUUUGAAAUAUUAUAUAUGGUGUCGCAGUUAUUAAAUCUGUUAGUGUUUCUUAAGGAAGGAAUAUACCCAUCAGUUUUUGAAAGAAUGCUCAGGUUGAAACCAGUGUCCUCAAAUAUUAGAAACAUACGGAAACUAUCGUACGUGUAUUUUACAAGAGAAUUAUUGUGGCAUGGGUUUGCUGAACUCCUUUCAUUUGUUUUACCAUUAAUUAAUGUUCAGUAUUUUCACAGUAUAGUCAGGAGACUUUUACCAAGUGCUGUUGAUAAUGACUAUGCAGAAGAACAGGAAGUCAGUUUUCACCAACACACUACAUGUGUAGUAUGUAAUUGUCCUCCUACACUACCUCAUAACUAUGGAUGUCAGCACCUGGCGUGUUAUUAUUGCAUUCAUUCCAGUUAUGCAUUAGAUCCUACAUAUUCUUGUCCACUGUGUGGUCAUACUAUAGAAAGUAAGGUGCAGAUUAUUCCUGUGUAUACAGUAAAAGGUUGAAUUGUUAAUUUUGUUUUGCUUCUUACUAUAACAUAUAUUUUAUACGGUUUUAUAAUAUUACUCAGCAUGUUAGAAACGCAUAACCAUGUGAAAGCAAACAUAUAAUCCUCAAAUGGAGUAUAUAUUAAAAUUUACUUGAAGA